AUGAGUUUAGUUCAAUCCAUUAAAGAGGGAGAGACAUUAGUUUCCCAGGGCCGAAAAUUUGAGCUUGGUUUCUUUUCAGCUGGAAGCUCAAUGAACAGAUUCCUGGGGAUAUGGUUUGUAGUGAGUCCUGAAACGGUUGUUUGGGUUGCUAACCGGAACAGUCCACUUUCCGAUUCAACUGGUACUCUGGAAAUAAGCAAUGAAGGUGAACUUGUUCUUCUCAACCAAUCAAAGAGCGUCAUUUGGUCAACGAAUUCAACCAAGGUUCUUGGAAACCCAGUUGCACAGCUCCUAGAUUCUGGUAACCUCGUUCUUAGGGAAAGCAACAAUUCAGUUUCUGUUGAUUACUCAUGGCAGAGCUUUAAUUUCUCAUCAGACACGAUUUUGGUCGGUAUGACAGUAGGAUGGAACUUCAGAACCGGUUUGGAACAUCAUCUGACUUCCUGGCGAAGCACGGACAAUCCUUCCCCUGGAGACUAUACAUACAGAUACAAAAUCGAUGGGUUACCUCAACUUGAAAUAGUCAGCAAAGGUUCCGUCAAAGUAUAUCGAACUGGGCCAUUGGAUGGAGUCAAAUUCGGCAGUAUUUCCAUGGAGGGAAAUACCAUUAUAACCCCAUCUUUGUUUACAACACAACGGAUGCCUAUUUUGCUUUUGAAACCUUAA